AUGCUCGCUUUACUGAAACAAUCCCGCCUCCCGAGUCGAGCUACAAAGGUUUUGAGGGUGUCCACAAGAUCGCUCAAACGCGAUUUUAGUGCAGGUCGACUUAUGGCACGCCACGGCUCCCACAAAGCGAUCUCCUUACAAUCACUGCUACAGGGCGUUGGAUUUGAAGAGCUGUAUCGAAUACGGUCAAACAUCGAGCUUCUGAUUCAGGAUUUCGCGAAACGGCCGAUUCUACCGGUUUCGUACGAGUUUUUGACGCAGUAUAAGGUGCCAUUGACCGCAAAUGAAAAGUAUACCUUGGCCAUCAAAACCGUUAAUUUGCUUCUCACAUACACAUGUCGACGCCUGGCUGCAAUCCAAAGGCUCCCUUAUAUUGCAGUGCUGAACCCCAAUAUUGAAGAAACCAAUCGUUUAUAUCUGCGGACACUAGAAAGCUUAUUGUCCAUCAAUUAUCCGUACGGGCUGCACGACCAAGAGAUCAUGACCCAGAAGCUCACCGAGUUUUUGGACGAUCACCAAGACACACUGGUUACGCUAUCGCGCGGCUUUCAGGAAAUAAUGGUGUCGUACCCAAAGGAGUCUGUGUUUGAAUUUUUGAAUUUGCAUUUGAGAGACCGCAUCUCCAUGAAACUCUUGGCAACGCAUUAUCUCAAUGUUGUGUCACAGAAGAAUCCCGAUGCAUCCCGAGUCGGCAUACUGCACAAGGACAUGCGCAUUUCGGAGCUGGUAUUGCGGGUGGAAGAGUUUGUUGGCGAUCUUUGUCGCGUGAAAUAUGACCACCAAGUACCUAUCAAGAUUUUGGAGGGCCAAGACGUUACGUUUCCCUGCAUACCAACGGAUUUGGAGUAUGUCUUGACAGAAUUAUUGAAGAACUCAAGUCGCGCCCACAUUGAGAACUCAACCCGCGAAAAUAAUUCUGCUGAGAAACCUGUGGAAGUGACCAUAGUUCGCAACGACAAUGACCUCGAAAUACGCAUUCGGGAUUUUGGCGGCGGGAUCUCGCCAGAAGUGGAAGAUCUCAUGUACGAUUACUCCUACAGCACUGUCAGUGCGAAUGCCAAAGACAGCGGUAUGAGUGCAUAUGUUUUGCCUGGCGCAGAUGUCUGCAAUGUUUCCGGCAUGGGAUUUGGUUUGCCCAUGUGUAAAGCGUACAUGGAGAUGUUCAACGGUUCACUUGACAUUCAGAGUUUGUGGGGGUGGGGGACGGACGUCUACGUGAGACUGAGAGGACCAAACUCACGUCUCUUGAGAUGA